CUUCAGAUCCCUGUUUCGUCCUCUUUUUCCUUGUUUUAUUUUGUAGAAUCAUAUUUAUUUAUCAACAUUUUACAUCUUUUCAGAUAUGUAACUUUUUUAGUGAACCUUGAGAGGAGGCUAUUUGGAUUGUCUAUAGAUGUCCGAGGACGUGAGAAUCUGGAGGCCGAUUCACCCUGUAUCAUAGUCAUUAAUCAUCAAAGUUCACUAGAUCUGUUUGGUUUGAUGGAGAUAUGGCCAAAACGGUGUUCUUGCUUAGCAAAGAAGUCGCUUCUGUACAUGGGCCCCCUAGGCCUGCUGAUGUGGAUGUUAGGAGUUGUGUUUGUUGACCGAGUUAGCCACAGCAAAGCUGUCUCCGCACUGUCAGAGGCAGCAGAACACACCAAGAAAGAGAAGACCUCAAUAAUAAUAUUCCCAGAAGGCACCAGAAACCACGGUGUUAGUAUGUUGCCGUUUAAAAAAGGAGCAUUUCAUCUGGCAGUAUUAUCUCAGAUACCUAUUGUACCUGUCGUUUUUUCAUCCUAUUCUGAAUUUUACAACAAGAAGGAGAAGAUAUUUUCUGCAGGUAAAUUCAUCAUCACAUGUCUUCCUCCGAUUUCAACUAAAGGGAAGAAGGUUGAGGAAGUUUCUGAGAUGGCUGAAAGUGUUCGCGAACAAAUGAUGGAGGUGUUUAAUCGAACAUCUUUAGAAUGCACACGGACAAAUCUAGUCAAUAAUCAUUGAAGUGUAAUGUACAAAACAGUGUAUAGAAUGCUUUUAUCUUAUACAGUGUCAUCACAGUAACCCAGCUCACUCUUUUUCUGGCAAACAUGGCUGAAAAUUCUGACAGCUGGAUUAUUGGGACAACCUUUGAAAAAGGAAAUCUGUUAUAUUUUAAUUAUGUAUGCUAUCUUGCCUUGAUGUGAAUCACUGGUAUUUCAUAUAAUCAGAAGCAUAAAUAACUUCCUUAUAUUCAACAAUCCAUGGAUUUGUAGAUAAGAACUUUAGUUUGUGUAACAAUCUAAUACAGACAUAUAUGUUUAAUUUAUGAAAUUUAAGUAAACAGACUAUCAGGAAUAGAUAGAAUAUAACAAUAAUUUUAAAAUAUAGUAGUUAUGCAAUAAACACAUCUAUAGAGAAAGUACAAUGGUAUAAACACACAGCUAUAGAUAAAGUACAAUGAUAUAUACACACAGCUAUAGAUAAAGUACAGUGCUAUAAACACACAGCUAUAGAUAAAGUACAAUGGUAUAAACACACAGCUAUAGAUAAAGUACAAUGGUAUAUAAACACAGCUAUAGAUAAAGUACAAUGGUAUAAACACAGCUAUAGAUAAAGUACAAUGAUAUAAACACACAGCUAUAGAUAAAGUACAGUGCGAUAAACACAGCCAUAUUUUAUAGCUAUUUUUACUGUAAACACACAGCUAUAGAUAAAGUACAGUGCAAUAAACACAGCUAUAGUUUAUAGCUAUUUUUACUGUAAACACACAGCUAUAGAUAUAUUUAUACUAUAUACACACAGCUAUAUCAGUAGAAGUGUAAUGAACAAAUGGCUAUAACUGUUAGUCAUUGCUACACUCAGCUAUUGCUGUUGCACAAUGCUAUAAACACACAGCUAUUGGUGAUGUACAAUGCUAUAAACACACAGCUAUAGCUGUUAGUCAUUGCUUCAAACACCCAGCUAUGACUGUUAGUCAUUGCUUCAAACACAUAGCUAUAGCUGUUGUACAGUGUUAUAAACACACAGCUAUAGCUGUUAGUCAUUGCUUCAAACACCCAGCUAUAGCUGUUGUACAGUGUUAUAAACACACAGCUAUGGCUGUUAGUCAUUUCUCAAAACACACAGCUAUAGCUGUGAGUUUAUAUUAAUGACUAACAGUUAGUUGUUAGUCAUUACUAUAAACACACAGCUAUGGCUGUUAGUCAUUACUAUAAACACACAGCUAUAACUGUUAGUCAUUACUAUAAACACACAGCUAUAACUGUUAGUCAUUACUAUAAACACACAGCUAUAACUGUUAGUCAUUACUAUAAACACACAGCUAUAACUGUUAGUCAUUACUAUAAACACACAGCUAUAACUGUUAGUCAUUACUAUAAACACACAGCUAUAACUGUUAGUCAUUACUAUAAACACACAGCUAUAACUGUUAGUCAUUACUAUAAACACACAGCUAUAACUGUUAGUCAUUACUAUAAACACACAGCUAUAACUGUUAGUCAUUACUAUAAACACACAGCUAUAACUGUUAGUCAUUACUAUAAACACACAGCUAUAACUGUUAGUCAUUACUAUAAACACACAGCUAUAACUGUUAGUCAUUACUAUAAACACACAGCUAUAACUGUUAGUCAUUACUAUAAACACACAGCUAUAACUGUUAGUCAUUACUAUAAACACACAGCUAUAACUGUUAGUCAUUACUAUAAACACACAGCUAUAACUGUUAGUCAUUACUAUAAACACACAGCUAUAACUGUUAGUCAUUACUAUAAACACACAGCUAUAGUUGUUGGUCAUUACUAUAAAUACACAGCUUAGGUGUAUUAGUUGGUGCUAUAAACACAUUUUGGGUUUUUUACCUUUUACACAUUUACAGCAGAGUGGCUAUCACUGCGGAGAUUUUUUAGUAUAUGUAUUUAUUGUUUUUAAUUCAAUACUUUAUCCUUUUCUUUGUACGAUUAUUUUAUCUGUUUGAUUAUUGUUAUGUUUUAGCAUUGCUGUACGUUUAAAUGUACAGCUAUCACAUAAUAAGCGUGGUAUGCGUUUAAUGCACCCCUGACCAUAUAAUAUCCCCCAGAGUAAGACCCUCUGUACACUUCCAUCCAGGCCUACAGGUGAUUUAUAUAAAAUGGAAAAAUCUGUUUCAUAAUUCUUGUAUAAUAAAUAGAGUUUAUUUUACUACAGACAAUAUGUACAGUGUCAUGACAUUAUGACAUUGCAUUGUCGAAAAAUAGAAAUUAAGUCAAAAUGGUGUUGCUGAAUACAGGUGUCAUAGUGAACAUGCUUUUUGUGAAUACACUUGUUUUUGCAUUGUGAUAAUAAUGAUCUAAAAUUCUUUUCCAUUUCAUAUUGGCUUGGUGAAACUUGUGGAAAAGUUUUUGUUCUUGCUCAACCUAUUUUUGUUUCAUAAAUCUCAAGUGAAAUGGAACUAAUUAUAGAUACUAUAUGUGUUUUUAAACUUACAUAUC